GAUGUCUGUAUGGUCAGUGGUGAAGAACGUUCGUUUUGCACGCAAUUCUGGGCUGCUUAUAUCAUGCAUUACCACUGAACAUGCCGUACCGACGGAGUUCAACCUGCCAGGGAAGUGUCGGUCUUUUUACCAUACGAUCGUGAGUUGUAGAAGUCAAAUCGAACAGAAGGGGAGUAGAGCAUGGCCGACAUGCUUACGAUGCCCAACCUCCAACCACUCUCGCUAUCUCAGGCUGCCUUCGUGUUCUUGUCAGUAUCGCACAUACUACGUAGUGUCAAACAGUGAAAGACAUGAACGUUCUGUCACAAACAAGUGUCCUACAAGUAGAACUGGGUCAGGUAGUUUGUUCUCUUCUGCCGAGAUUCGAUGUAUGUGCACACACGAACAGCAGCGACGUUCGCAGUGUGGAUACCAGGAUAGAAAAACAAGCACGAAAAAAACAUUAAUAAAAGCUGGUAAACGAAUGAAAGAUAGGUAUGAAGAAGUGGAGGAAAAAAUUCGACUAAAAGCUGAAGAAGUAGAAGACAAAGUGAAGGAAUUACAUACUGCUGGCCAGAAAGAAAAUAUCUAUACAAUACCAAAUCUACUGACAACAAGUCGUAUAGCUAUUUCACCAUUACUGGGCUAUCUAGUCCUUCACGAAUAUUUAUGGUUUGCAACCUGUCUUUUUGGCAUUGCCGGCAUCACUGACCUGCUUGAUGGUUAUAUAGCACGUAAUUUUGCAAAUCAACAAUCAGUAUUUGGCAGUAUUCUGGACCCCCUAGCUGAUAAGAUAUUAGUUGGUGUCUUGACAGUGUCACUCACUGCAGUGAAUUUAAUUCCAAUUCCAUUGACUUUUGUGAUAGUUGGUAGAGAUGCAUUAUUGCUUUCCUAUUCCUUCUAUCUACGGUAUACGUCAUUGCCGCCGCCUUUCACACUGAGAAGAUAUUUCGAUGUGACACAUGCUACUGUUAAAUUGAAACCUCUACUAAUCAGUAAAGUGAAUACUAACAUCCAGCUUAUUACAGUGGCAGCAUCUCUUGCAGCACCAGUGUUCGGUUACUGUGACCAUCAAUAUCUGCAUGCACUCUGGUGUCUUACAGCUGGGACAACAGUUUUAUCAGGACUGACUUAUGUAUUUGCCAAGGACACGUUUAAAAUACUCAGCAAACGAAAGCAGUAGUCUAUGAACAAGAAGAUCUCCAAUCUGUGGGUUUGAUUUGAUUCAACCGGUAGUACUAUAGUCGUAUCAAAAACAUGAAUAUCAAAUGAUGUGCUCAAAACCAUGGAUAAUGAUGACAUUCUGAAAUUAGUCUGAGUUCUCCG